CGUUAGAAAAGAAGCAUAAGUAUGCCAAAUGUUUUAUUUAUGUUGAGCAUGGCUAAAUCGUAAAACGCUAGAAAUGUUUGCUAAUGCUCAAGAACUUAGUGGAAGUUUGUAACGCACGUACUUGCGUUGUCAAAGGAGUUUUAUUAUUAACACAAGUGGUUUCUUCUAAGUCUUCGGUGGUAGAACUAGGCCUUGUGUUCGAAGUAAUACGUCGAGAAUGGUGCUUUGUGUCAACAGAACUCCUCUGGAAGAGGCUCCCUCAGACAUGACUACAUUGUUUCACAUGCAUCCAGGCUACAGAGAUUCUGCUGCUGUACUUAUUUCAAUACCAACGAAGGUUGUUGGGCCUGUUGGGCUACUAUAUGUCAUGGAAAGAGAGCUUGCUGUUACUGUGCCUCAUGAUAAAAAUGUCAACAUUCUUGGUACUGAUAAUGCUACUACAUGUAUUAUUGUGGUGCUACGUCACACUGGUUCAGGGGCUGUUGGUAUAACUCAUCUCCAUAAUGUUGGCUGUGAAGAUGGAGUUGUAACUCUCAUUGAGAGAGUGAGAGAGCUUUCUGCAGGCUUUCCUGAAGGUCGCCUUGAACUAAAUCUAAUUGGAGGGUUUGCAGAUAGCCGUAAUUACUCUGAGGGUGUUUUCCAAGGCAUUAUGCAUGCAUUCCACAAGCAGCCGUUGGAAGUGGACCUAAUCAUAGCAUGUGUGGGCGAAGCUAAUACAACUGUCAGAGCAGGAGUCCGCUGGCCAAUUAUUUGUGGAGUUGGUGUAAAUAAUAAAACUGGGGAAAUCUUUCCUGCCACAUUCCCUGACCGAGGUCCAGAAGUAUCUUUGCGAUUGGCUCGGCACCUCACGGGAGGACAUCAGGCGAAGGUGUUGGAUGUGUAUGACUGUAGUUCGGGUUUGCACCGUAUUGGUCCCUUCAAUUAUGAACCACUUAGAGGUGUUGACUUGUGGCUGGAACAGUCAGAUGAAUUUAUUCUUCAACAUUUAUCAACAUCGCCUGAAGUUGAACCACCCCAUUUCUCAACAAUGAUUCGUCAAACCUUAAAGUAUAUCCAAGAUCACCCGUUCCCUGCAAUUACUGUGUUCCGAGAUAACAGGCCACACUAUUACAAACGUGAUGAGAUCACUGGCAUGUGGGUGCCAUUUCGGUUUUAACCCUACUCAGCCAAAUGGACUGCAACUUGUACUGACUGAUUAUCUGUAUCAAAAGGUUUGACCAGUGUCUUGUUUUAUCUUUGUGACAGUUCUUUGUUGAAGUAUAUUGCCUGAGCUUACAUUACUCAGGGCACUAUCUUAUAUGACAUAAUAGCAUUUGUUUUUUUGAAGAGCAUUCACUCCAGUGUUUUAUUUGUGAUCUUAUGAUGUAAGUUCCCCUCAUUUCUCUUUUAGAUAAUGUCAUAUGAUUUCAAAAGUCAGGUCGUCACUCUACCUGUUGCUACAUUGAAACAAACCAGAUAAUAAUGCCUGUAAUAAGUGUGGAAAUUUUAAAGGAGUGUCUGGUUGUGAAAUAGUUAUGUACGUGGUGGUCUGAUAAUUAGAAAACCCUAGUAGUGUGCAAGACUGCCUAAUGGUCAGAGAAUGUAAAAAAUCGCAAUCACUUGUUAUCAUCAGCAGUUAUUCUUUUGUAAUUAUAAUUCUCUAAAUUUCAUUUAUUUUUUGUGGCUCACUUCUUAGUUAAUGUUGCAAGUAGGUGGUUGGAUAGUUUUAAGUCCAAAUCUCCAAAGUCAAGCUUCCAUACUAACUUGACAUUGUAUAUGCAUUUUUCAAAAUACAUCAAUACUUUCGGUGUUGAAAUGAAGUGAAAGCAAUUUGUUUUAUGUUGGUGUCCGUGCAGUCUCAUAAAAUGAAUCGAGUGAAUCUCUCUACAAUACAACAUUACCUUUCGUAACCCAUAAAUUUGUUAACUUGAGCUCCCCGCUCCUCAUCAAGUCUGAUAAAA